CCAUGAAGACACUCGUCCUCCUCUCUGCCCUUGUCCUGCUGGCCUUCCAGGUCCAGGCUGAUCCUAUCCAAAACACAGAUGAAGAGACUAAAGCUGAGGAGCAGCCAGGGGAAGAGGACCAGGCUGUGUCUGUCUCCUUUGGAGACCCUGAAGGCUCUGCUCUUCAAGAUGCAGCCCCAAGAAGGUUCCCGUGGUGCCGGAAGUGCCGACCGUGCCAGAAGUGCCCGGUGUGCCCGACGUGCCCCCAGUGCCCGAAGUGGCCGUUGUGCAAUGAAAAGCAAAAUAAAACAGCAAUCGCCACCCAAGCUCCAAAUACACAUCCUAAAGUCUGCUGCAGCUGA